AUGGAAGCUUCCGUCGUGCCGCCUACUCCCAAACGUGGACCUUCCAGGGGCGUCAGCAAAGCGCGAUCACAAAACAGCCUCAGACGGAAGCGCACAGCAAAGGCAGCUUUUGCGCCUCAACCUGACAGCCGCCUACUCCAACUCCCAGCGGAGCUCAGAAACACGAUAUACGAGUACGCACUCCACAGACCUGAUGAUCGAAUCCGCUUCUAUCGACUCCGACUACCCUGCCUCGUCUUCACUUGCCGACAGACGGUGCUUGAAACACCAAGCAUCUUCUUCACCUGCAACGCAUUCAGUCUGACGCUGCGCGAGACUGGGCACGCACGAAUUCCAAGACUGCUCGACCCACCCGCCUUCACUUCACUAAGCAUGCUGAGGCAGUUCGGCGCGAAGAACAUCCCCAUCAAAGACGUGCGCUUCGAGAAACAACAACCCCUGUGCGGCUCCAGACGCAACGACACGAAACUUCUGCUCCUCGCCACCAUCGUCUCCCCGCCCACACCCGAUUCCAGCUGGCUACAGAUCACGGAGGAAGCCUGGCCGUCUUGGAAACCUACGCUAGAUGACUGGAAGCUCCGCGACCCGGAUCGAGGCCCUACGAUUGAGGAGGUGAUUGAGGUGGGGUUAUACAUGCGCACGGCGUUCCGAGUGAUCUACAAACAUCCGCUGGUGUGGCUGUAUGUGAAUUGGGUAUAUCGCAAUGUGAGAAAGUUAAAUGAGUGGAGGGCGAAUGGAGCUAUUCCUGGGGAGUUUCCGAUUCGGGCAAACGAUCGAUUGCAGAGGAUACGAACGAGGGCAGGAGGGUGA